AUGACGACGCUGCGCGCCUUCACCUGCGACGAUCUCUUCCGUUUCAACAACAUCAAUCUGGACCCGCUGACGGAGACCUAUGGGAUCCCCUUCUACCUGCAGUACCUGGCCCACUGGCCCGAGUAUUUCGUUGUCGCCGAGGCGCCCGGCGGGGAGCUGAUGGGCUACAUCAUGGGUAAAGCAGAAGGCUCAGUGGCUAGGGAAGAGUGGCACGGACAUGUCACUGCCCUCUCUGUUGCACCAGAAUUCCGCCGGCUGGGUUUGGCUGCUAAAUUGAUGGAACUACUGGAGGAAAUUUCAGAAAAAAAGGGUGGAUUUUUCGUCGACCUCUUUGUGAGAGUAUCAAAUCAGGUUGCAGUAAAUAUGUACAAGCAGCUAGGCUACAGCGUGUACCGGACGGUGCUGGAGUACUACUCUGCUAGCAACGGAGAGCCAGAUGAAGAUGCUUAUGAUAUGAGAAAAGCUCUUUCCAGAGAUACAGAGAAGAAAUCAAUUAUACCUCUGCCUCAUCCUGUGAGACCAGAAGACAUUGAGUGACUGUAAGCUGUGAUUCUCAGAGAAAGAUUAGAGUUUCAGGUUCCUUCUCCUCCCAGCCCUCAAGAAUUUACGGAUGAGAAAUCUUAGGCUCUGUGUUCUUCCUCGUGAAAACCCAAAAAGCUGCUUCUCUUGGUAACAGCUGCACUUACUUUUUAAAUAUUGGGAAUUCAGAGACUAUUAAA